AUGAGCGUUUCUAUCAACUUGAUCUGGUAUGGCAAGUUUAAGCCAUCUCAGCGUGCCAUUGUCUCAGAUUUUAUUGCCUCUGUCUCUUCUAGAAGACCCACGACAGCCCAACCCUCUGUGGCCACGUGAUGGAAAGCUACUGAGAAAUAUUACAACCUUGUCAAGACGAAGAAUACCUCUCCUCUUCUCCUCUCUGUAGGAACACAGAUUUUAGACGAGAGCUAUUCAUUGGGGAAAUCGCUCUCCAGCAAGCAAAUCGUGCAGCUAGCAUCGAAGGGUGGUCAAAAGCGUGCAAUCAACGUUGUUUUGACAUCAUCCGAUGUUGCUGUUGAAGGGUUUUGCUCUAGUAAAUGUGGUACUCAUGGGUCCUCUUUGAGUGCUAAAAAAAUCAGCGGUAAGAGAUCGAAAUUUGCUUACAUCUGGGUUGGUAACUCUGAGACUCAAUGCCCCGGUCAAUGUGCGUGGCCAUUCCACCAGCCAAUCUAUGGACCGCAGAACCCUCCAUUGGUUGCACCCAACAAUGAUGUGGGUCUUGAUGGUAUGGUAAUCAAUCUGGCUAGUCUUCUGGCUGGGACUGCAACAAACCCGUUUGAAAAUGGCUAUUUCCAGGGUCCAAAGGAGGCUCCUCUUGAGGCCGCAUCUGCUUGUCCUGGGGUCUAUGGUAAGGGUGCGUAUCCUGGUUAUGCUGGGGACUUGUUAGUGGACUCUACAACCGGUGCUAGCUAUAAUGCUCAUGGUGUUAAUGGAAGGAAAUACGUGCUUCCAGCUUUAUUUGACCCUUCAACUUCAACUUGUUCCACUUUAAUUUGAGAAA